UUACGGUAUGAGGGGAUACUGCCCGUCGGAGAACAUGGGCUUUGUGCGAACUCCGCGGGAGCAAGGCGCAAAGUUUGGAAUUUAAGGUUCCGGAGUGGAGUAAUGAUUCAUCGGCAGGUGAUAUUAUCCCAGAACUUGUACCAGAGCAGGUUUCUCGGCCUGGCUGCCAUGGCGACCCCGGUGCGGAGCUCCUCCAGGCGGCGCAGUAAGGACGCGCAGCGGCACAGCUACAACCCCGAGCAGUUCCAGCGGCUGGCGCUGCAGAACGGCGAGGCGGCCGCCCUGCCGCGCUCCACCAGCGACACGGACCUGGUGACCUCGCACAGCCGCUCCACGCUGGCCGUCAGCGCCUCCCUCUACACCAUCGGCCAGGCGCACGGCCUCGCCCUCAGCUGGGACAUCAAGGAGGAGGUGGACGCCGGAGACUGGAUCGGCAUGUACCUCGUGGACGAGGUUCUCUCUGAGAACUUCCUCGACUACAAGAACCGAGGGGUCAACGGCUCCCACAAGGGUCAGAUCGUGUGGAAGAUCGAGGCCAGCUCCUACUUCGUGGAGCCGGAGACGAAGAUCUGCUUUAAGUAUUACCACGGAGUGACCGGUGCCCUGCGAGCCACCACCCCCAGUGUAACGGUGAAGAACCCGUCAGCUCCUGUGUUUAGCUCGGCGGUGGCGGAGGAGGGCACACAGACCCAGGGGAGCCGCAGACUCAUCAGCUUCUCUCUCUCAGACUUCCAGGCAGUGGGGCUGAAGAAGGGGAUGUUCUUCAACCCCGACCCUUACCUGAAGAUCGCCAUCCACCCCGGCAAGCACAGCAUCUUCCCUGCCCUGCCCCACCACGGCCAGGAGAAGAGGUCCGGCAUCGUCUACAACACGGUCAACCCCGUCUGGCUCAGAGAGCGCUUCAGCUUCGUGUCGUUGCCCACGGACGUGCUGGAGGUCGAGGUCAAGGACAAGUUCGCCAAGAGCCGGCCAAUCAUCAAGCGCUUCCUGGGCAAGCUGUCCAUGCCCGUGCAGAGGCUGCUGGAGAAGCACGCCAUUGGGGACAGGGUGGUCAGCUACACGCUGGGCCGGAGGCUCCCCACAGAGCAUGUCAGCGGGCAGCUGCAGUUCCGCUUUGAGAUCACUUCCUCCAUCCACCAAGAUGAUGAGGACCUGUCAGUCAGCUCUGAGGCUGAGGGCCCCGCCCACACCACUGCGCCGGUCCCAGAGGAGGCCGCGGCUCCAGGCCCCGCCCCCGAGGCCUCAGCAGAGGAGGAUGUGGUCAGUGUGGGGCCCGAGUCCCCGGAGCUGCCUCUGGACGGGGCCCCUGGGGGGCCGAGCCCAGAGGGGCCCCUCGGGGCCACGGCAGAGGAGGCAGGGCCGACGGAGGAGAAGGGCGUGACCAGAGCGGCAGAGGGGGGCGGAGUUGAAGAGGAGGGGCGGGACGAGGAGGGUCCUGGGGGAGGGGCCAGGGUCCCAGAAGGGAUUGGGGCAGAGGGGGAGGAGCCUCAGCGCCAGCAGGAAGGGGACGGGGGAGAGGAAGAGGAAGAGGACGUGGACGUCUGCUCCCCGCGCAUGAGGCCCCACCCCAAACGGCAGAGCCGGCCGUACUCCCUGCCCGUGUCCGAGCUGGAGACGGUGAUGGCGUCGGACGGCGGCGAGCCUGAGACCCCGCGCACCCACUACAUCCGCCUGCACCACCUGCUGCACAGCCUGCCCUCUGCCCGGGCCGACCCGGAGACCCAGGGCCCUGAUGCCCACAGUCUGCCCUCUGCCCGGCUCCACCCGGAGAGCCAGGGCCCUGACGGCGGCCGGCCCGAACCCCCCGAACAGCCCCGCAGCCCGGAGGACCCGGCGCUCAGCCCGGCCGAGGAAGGGGGCGGGGAGCCGGACCCGGACGCCGUCAGCCCCGUGCCCCUGCCCCGGCGUGCCCUGCCCCGCAGCCUGUCCAUCGAGCACCUCUCCGACCUGUCCCAGCUGCUGCAGAGCCAGGAGGACGCGCCCGGCGACGGGGCGGCCGCCUCCAAGCGCCACGGCAACGCCCCCGGCUUCAGCAGCGCCGGGAUGAGGGGGCGGAGCCACUUCCUCGGCCACGCCCGCUUCUCGUCGGUGGACAGCUCCCGCCUGUCGGAGAGCACCGUCUUCUCCUCGCAGGAGGAAGAGGAGGAGGAGGAGGAGAGCUGUGUGUUUGUGUCUGACGCGCUGCCCGGCCCGGGGGGCCAGGAGGAGGGUAACGGGACAGACCGGGACCAGGAGGGGAGCCCCCAAAACAGCCCUGUGGCAGGACCCAGCAGCAGGGCCACAGGCUGUCCCCCGCCCUCCAGUCACCACCCCGUCAGCCAGCUUCCUGCCAUGCGACCCCACCCUCACCAUUACCCCACCGUGGACGAGCCGCUGCCCCCAAACUGGGAGGCUCGGAUUGACAGUCACGGGCGGGUGUUCUACGUGGACCAUGUGAACCGCACCACCACCUGGCAGAGGCCCACGUCCCCGGCCACGCCCGACGGCAUGCGGCGCUCCGGCUCCCUGCAGCAGAUGGAGCAGCUCAACCGCAGGUACCAGAACAUCCAGAGAACCAUGGCGACGGAGAGGACAGAGUCUGAGAGCGGGGGACAGACAGAGGCUGAGAGCGCAGGGCAGAGGAGUGAGACUGACUCUCCUCCACCGAUCGAGGUGCGGAGGGAAGCGAGCAGUCAGAAGGCCGCCCAGCAGCUGCAGUCCCCCGCGGUCAAGUUCAUCACCAACCCAGAGUUCUUCACCAUCCUCCACGCCAACUACGGGGCGUACCGGAUGUUCACGAACAGCACGUGUCUGAAGCACAUGAUCCUGAAGAUCCGCCGCGACGCCCGCAACUUCGAGCGCUACCAGCACAACCGCGACCUGGUGGCCUUCCUCAACAAGUUCGCCGACACACAGCUGGAGCUCCCGCGGGGCUGGGAGGUCAAGACCGACCCGCAGGGGAAGUCCUUCUUUGUAGACCACAACUGCCGCGCGACCACCUUCAUCGACCCCAGGAUCCCGCUGCAGAACGGCCGUCUGCCCAACCACCUGACCCACAGGCAGCACCUGCAGCGUCUGCGCAGCUACAGUGCAGGAGAGGCCUCAGAGGUGUCCCGGAGUCGAGGCGCCUCUCUCCUGACCCGUCCCGGGAACAGCCUGGUCGCCGCUGUGCGGAACCAGCACCAGCCAGAACCCGUCCCCCUCACGUAUAACGAUAAGAUCGUGGCGUUCCUGCGGCAGCCCAGCGUCUUUGAGAUGCUCCAGGAGCGGCAGCCCAGCCUGUGCAGGAACCACCCGCUGCGGGAGAAGGUGCAUUACAUCAGGACAGAAGGAGCUCACGGCGUGGAGAAGCUGUCAUGCGACGCUGACCUGGUCAUAUUGUUAAGCCUGUUUGAGGAGGAGAUCAUGUCCUACGUCCCCACGCAGUCCUUUCACCCCGGAUUCGCCUUCUCACCCCGCUGCUCGCCCGGAACGUCGCCCCAAAACUCCCCAGGUCUACAGAGGGCCAGAGCGCCCGCCCCCUAUCGUAGAGACUUUGAGGCCAAACUGCGCAACUUCUACAGGAAGCUGGAGGCCAAGGGCUACGGGCAGGGCCCAGGCAAAAUCAAGUUAAUCAUCAGCAGGGAGCACCUCCUGGAAGGGACCUUCAACCAGACCAUGGCCUACUCGCGGAAAGAGCUGCAGAGAAACAAGCUCUACAUCACCUUCAUCGGAGAGGAAGGGCUGGACUACAGCGGGCCGUCGCGGGAGUUCUUCUUCCUGCUGUCACAGGAGCUGUUUAACCCGUACUACGGCCUGUUCGAGUACUCGGCCAACGACACCUACACCGUCCAGAUCAGCCCCAUGUCCGCCUUCGUGGAGAACCAUCUGGAAUGGUUCCGGUUCAGUGGACGCAUCCUGGGCCUGGCGCUGAUCCACCAGUACCUUCUGGACGCCUUCUUCACCCGGCCCUUCUACAAGGCCCUCUUACGACUAGCGACCGACCUGAGUGACCUGGAGUACCUGGACGAGGAGUUCCACCAGAGUCUCCAGUGGGUGAAGGACAACGACAUCACCGACAUCCUGGACCUCACCUUCACCGUCAACGAGGAGGUCUUCGGUCAGGUGACGGAGAGGGAGCUGAAGUCGGGCGGGGCCAACGUCCAGGUGACGGAGAAGAACAAGAAGGAGUACAUCGAUCGCAUGGUGAAGUGGAGGGUGGAGCGAGGGGUGGUGCAGCAGACGGAGGCGCUGGUCCGCGGCUUCUAUGAGGUGGUGGACUCUCGCCUGGUCUCGGUGUUCGACGCCAGGGAGCUGGAGCUGGUCAUCGCCGGAACUGCAGAGAUCGACCUGAACGACUGGAGGAACAACACCGAGUACAGAGGGGGCUACCACGACGGGCACAUGGUGAUCCGCUGGUUCUGGGGGGCGGUGGAGCGCUUCAAUAACGAGCAGAGGCUGCGGCUGCUGCAGUUUGUGACGGGCACGUCCAGCGUGCCGUACGAGGGCUUCUCCGCCCUGCGCGGGAGCAACGGCCUGCGCCGCUUCUGCAUCGAGAAGUGGGGCAAGAUCACCUCCUUACCCAGGGCGCACACCUGCUUCAACCGGCUGGACCUGCCGCCCUACCCCUCCUACACCAUGCUGUACGAGAAACUCCUGAUCGCCGUGGAGGAGACCAGCACCUUCGGCCUGGAGUGAAUUCCACCCGAAACCC